AUGAGCUCAGGGAGCUUGUGGAGGACGUUGACGCUCUUGCUGCUGGGAAGUCAAGUCUUCAGAUGCGGCGGGAAGGAAGAGUGCUCGGGCUCGCAGGGAGGAUGUCAGUUCGCCAUGCUCGCUGCGAUGAAGGGGCUGAUGUUGUCUUGUUGUCGUGGGGAAUCAGCGGCAGACCUCUACGUCAGCUUCGUCAUGGUGGGUCGGGCCGACGACCUUCGAGGAGACUACGUGAGCCGGUUGGCGAACUCGAUUCAGCUGAUUCAGAAGUACAGUUUACUUCACCAUGUUGAGAGCGAGAUCGUGGUGGUAGAAUGGAAUCCCUUCCAAGGCCAGCCAGCCUUGAGCGCCGUCCUCCGCCAGUUCACAUCUCCUGCUCCUCCUGCUCCUCCUAUCCGGAUCAUCACAGUCCCGAAUUCCUUUCAUCGCAAAGUGCAAGGCGACACAAAUCAAACUUUCUUUGAGUUCAUGGCCAAGAACGUCGGAGCCCGACGGGCAAGGGGGGAGUUCGUGCUCGUGAGCAACGGAGACGUUGUCUUCAACCAGCACGUCUUCCGAGCUCUUAGCAAGAAGCUGUUGGAUCGCGAUGCGUACUUCCGUAUACCCCGAGUGGAGACUUCGGCCGUGUUUGACCCGCGCGAGGACGUCAUGAGGAGGAUCGAACUCGUGGAGAGCAUGUCGACGAGCUUGACUGAAGAACCGUUGUGCGACGUCGGUCAGACGUUCUGCCCUGGAAGAUACAACGUGGGAGUGUGUGAGAGGGGAUUCCUUGGAAGCGAGCGUCACGACAUUCACUUCGGCAACGCUGACGAGCUCUACAUGCCUGCUGCUGGAGAUUUCUUCUUGAUACAUCGGUGA